CUUUCCCCCAAAAUGGAUGUUGUCACUUUCGGAAUCAUAAUCGGAAUUAUCAUUCUCUUCUUCUGCAUCGUCUGCUUCAUCACCAUUGAAGGCACUUGCAAUAACCGUCGCUCUUCUUAGCUCACUCAGAGAUGUCGCUCUCGCUGAGAAGACUCGUAGUUCCGAUUUUGGUUUUGGUACUGUUUCUGGAUCUGUGCGUAGAAUCCGGAUUCUCUCAGUCAACGCCGGCGCGUGACGAUCACGUGCAUCAUCACAGUGGUGGGUGUAGUCAUUCUCAUGACCACGACCACGACCACGAUCAUCAUCAUGUGAAGAAGAAGACGGCGGCGAAGGUAGAGAUGAAGCUGCCGGAGGAGCUUGCUGAGGAGGAAGAUAUGAGGUUGUGUGGGUUUGGGCCUUGUCUUCAUGAUCAUGAUCAUGACCAUGAUCACGAAUCAAGUUCUACUCUUACCGGGUUUGCUCUGUGGCUUAAUGCAUUGGGAUGCUCUCUUUUGGUUAGCUUAGCCUCACUCAUCUGUCUGGUUUUGCUUCCCAUUAUGUUUGUUCAGGGGAAGCCAUCAAAAGGUUUCGUUGACUCGUUGGCUUUGUUUGGGGCAGGAGCUAUGUUGGGGGAUGCUUUUCUUCACCAAUUGCCCCAUGCUUUUGGUGGUGGUCACUCUCACUCUAAUGAUCACCAUGAGAACCAUGACCAUCAUGAUCAUUCUCAUUCGGAUUCGCCUUCACACUCACAUUCUAUACAAGAUUUGUCUGUUGGAUUAUCUGUUCUCGCUGGGAUUGUGGUCUUCCUUCUUGUGGAGAAGUUGGUGCGGUAUGUCGAAGAAAACUCGUCUGGGUCCAAUACUUGGGGUCAUCAUCACCACCACCAUCAUGCAGGCAGUAAGAAACCGAAGGAUGAAGUCGAUCAUAACAACGUGGACAAACAAUCUUCUUCUGAUGAAAUUGUAAAUUCAUCAGAGAAAGUCUCUAGCGGCUCUACAGAUGGAUCUCUCCGUAAGAGAAAGAGUUCUGCUGGUGAUGCUGCUGAUAAAUCAGAUUCAGGAACAGAAAUUACUUCUCAUGGAAAAUCGGACAAACCAGAACAGGUGGAGAAGCAUUCUUCAAGCCUAGUCUUUGGUUACCUCAACUUGUUCUCUGAUGGUGUUCACAAUUUUACUGAUGGAAUGGCAUUAGGAAGUGCGUUUCUCAUCUACGGAUCAGUUGGUGGUUGGUCAAGAACUAUGUUUUUACUCGCCCACGAGCUUCCUCAAGAGAUAGGUGAUUUUGGGAUCCUAGUGAGGUCAGGCUUCACAGUAACAAAAGCACUCUUCUUCAACUUCCUCUCUGCACUCUCCGCACUAGCAGGAACUGCAUUGGUCUUGGUCUGGGGAAAUGAACCAGGACAAUCAUCGUUGAUCGAGGGAUUCACAGCGGGAGGAUUCAUAUACAUAGCUGUUGCUGGUGUUCUUGCAGAAAUGAACAACUCCGGAAAAUCGACACUUAAAAACAGUGCCUGCCAUUUGAUAUCUUUGAUUCUUGGCAUGAGUGUUGCUCUUUGCAUCUCUCUUAUAGAAUGAUCUCAUAACAAUUGUUUUGUAACCGAUAUAGAAGUCCCAAGCUCGGGUUUUGUUGUUUUGACUACAGAAAGAUACUGCCUAGUUCUCAACUUUCGAAUUGAAAUUAGGCACAUUUAUAAACACAAACCCUUAAC